AUGGCGUCACGGAAUAUCAGCAUGGGUCAGACGGCGAGGCCGUCCAUGGCGUCCAGCUCCGGCAACGCGAUGAAGACGCGGCAGCUGACACAUCUUCAUUCGCAGCUGGCGCAGCUGUCUGCUAAUCUUUCCGAUACGGAGAACCUGGUUCGUAUGACGAGCGUGCAGGCUGAGAGUAUGCGGGGUUUGGGGGCGUGGCAUGGCGGCAUGUUCAUGGCUGCGAGUAAGGUCCUUGGGGAAGAGGCUAUCAAUCGCGAUGCGGCGGCACAGGCGAGGGGCGGUCAGAGAUGA